CUGCUUCUAGUCUUUCACCUCACACAUUAUCCUAUUCAUUUAUUGUACGAAAAACGAACCAGCCAAUUCUGGUCACUAUUGCCCUUUUUAGUGAGCGGUCAAUGUUAACAGCAAAUUCCUACGAUUUAUUCAAAGAUAAAAAAACCUAGAAAGUGGAUAACUGAUUUGUUUUCCCCAUCAACGUGAAAAUAUUCUAUGUCGUUGUAUUUUUAGGCAUUAACUUAAAUUAUUACUCAAAAUAUUCCGAUAUUUUUUAUUUUCUUUGAACAAUUCAAUACCAGCUGCCUGGUUGUUUAUUGUUGAGCCAUAAACCAAAAGAGGAUUACUGGGUUUUUAUUUUCAUUAUCUUCUCUCUUUUUGCUGAUCUUUGGUGUUUUUUAAGGAUUCUUGAUCUGGGUUUUUCUUAUCGAGGCCUGCAAAGUUUCUUUAUUAUCAAUGAGGUAAAGGAUUCCUUUUCUGUUUUAUUGAGGGUUAUAUGCUGUAAUUCUGAUAUUUUGGGAUUGAGUAUAAGCUGAAAGAUGGGAAAUUUCUAUUUGUCAUUUCAAGGAUUGAUGAGCGAACAAUCUGCAAUAUUGGAGACUUGUAGAGGUGAAUUAUUGGGUUUGUUGCGUAUUCUGUGAAGAUUUCUGUUAGGUUCUUUUCUUGCAUGUCUAUUGUCUAGUGCUGGUUUUGGUUUGUAAUGAGGCAGUUUUAAGGGAUUUUGAUUUGAUUCAGUAUCACCUUCGUCAGCUCUGAUAUUGGAGCAAAUGAGGAGUUCUUAUGUCUACUCUUGUGAUUUGACCAUCAAAGAAGGAUUUUGUUGUUGACCUCAAAUUGAUUUAAGCGAGGUUGACUUAGCAAGUUUUUAGAUUAGAUUGACUUGAUUUAUAUGCUUACUGCAUUUUGGAUUUGAUAUUCAUAGAUAUCUGAAACAUUAUGCACAUAGACAGGGAAGAGCCUGUUGGGAACGUGGAGGCAGAGGAGAUGGACGGAGACCUCAAGGAGGAUACUCCUCUCGGGGAUAUCCCUAUCUACCGCCACCGUUUUUUGGGUAUGGUGAGGCAAAAAGCCUAUAUAUUUGACGGUGAUGGAAAUUAUUACAAUAAAGAUUGGGAUUUUGCUGAACCUAAAGAAAACGAGUUUUGUCGGUACCAUGUAGAGCUUCCAAAAAUUAACCAGAAGCUUCCGCUUUUCGCACAAAGCCUCAUUGACAUUCUUUGCCCUCCUUUGAAACUCCAAGAUAUUCUGUCACUAGUUAGCAAUGGACCCUUCUGUAGUCAUGUUGAUGGAGCACUUGUGUUCAGAGUUAAUUCUCCUGGUCCUCCAACUAGCAAUUAUACAUUUAGAUUAGCUGCUAGAGUUACUGAGAAUUCGGUGAUUACCGUGUCACUAGGACGGGUUCCAAGAUUGGGUUUCUCACCAACGAGUAAAUCCCUUCUCUCUGAGAUUCCUAGUGUAGAGACUUAUUCAAGUGGUGGGCUGCCCUCACAUAAUGGAGGGGAUCAAAAGGAAGGAAGUGGGUUUGUGAUUAGAGAGCAUGUUCUUGAGUUCUUAUUGACAAUGAACCACUCAGAGGAGGCUGAUAAUCCCGUGCCGGAAUCUGUCUCAAAUCUUGUUGUUCACAUCAUUGACACGCAUGUCGAUCACCUUCAAGAUGUUACCACCAAACUCGAGAUGGAGCUUGACUCUGUGGAGCUUGAAUUAGAUAAAGGAGGUUUCGCAUUAAAGAAACAGAUGCUUGAUGAUAGAAGAUUUCCUAAUAUGCAUCUUAAUCUUCAACGAAUAUUGCAGGUGAUUGCACAUGGGGAGCAAGUAUUUCCACGAGUAAAAGAAAAAUGUUCUUCAAAAAAAUGGUUUUCCAGUGAAGACAUAAACUCCCUAGAAGAGUUAAUUGGAAGGCUAAGGAGGCUAAAAGAGAAUGUGGGGUUUAUAUCAAAUCGUGUCACGGCAAUUCAGGCUGGUCUGGAUAGCUGGCAGGCUGAGCAAAUAAACAAGAAACUAUACUAUCUCUCGUUCCUUUCAAUUAUAUUCCUCCCAUUGUCAAUCAUCACUGGAGAAGCUCGUAACAGUCUUUGGCAUGAAUGUGGGAGGAGUUCCAUGGACAGAGCAAAAGAACCCAAAGGAGAAAGAUGGUUUCCGCAAUGUGAUGUUUCUCUGCGUGGGAAUGCUAGUUCUCGUUCUUCUAUGCUUCCUUUUCCCAGCUCUUUACACCCAUAUAGCUGCCUGGCGACGAAGGAUGGCUUUGAAAAGAAGCUGGUCUCUCAAUAGGAAAUCUUUUCUCAAGAGAACUGUUCCGGUUAAAGAAAGAGGUGGUUAUAUUCGCCUUUGAGAGUGUAAGCCUAAGGAAGAGAGUGAUGAUGCAAUUGUGGUACAUGCACUUUUCAUGCUCGAUGUGAUUCCAGUUGCGGAAUUUAUCUUCACUCCUGAAGAUACAUGUCCUAGAGGAGACUUCUCUCAGCAAGCCUUGAUUCUGUUUCUUUUUCUUGAUUCUUGAACGACAUGCACUCUGCCGAUAAACAAUUGUCAAUGUUAUCACAGAUCCUGUCUCAGAAUGGUAAUUCUGGUAGAAAAUACCUUCUUCCUUUUCAAUCUAGAUAAGAGUUUUUUCGAAGGGCCGAUUCCUUUUUUUUUUUGCAAGAACGUUGUUAAUGACUGCAUUCUUUUGCAAUCUUUGUAACAAACUGUACAGAUUAUAACAUUCAUCGCACUGAAUAUGCAUAUAAAUAUUCAGAGCUUGUAUCAUCAUGAUUCCACUCAAACAAUAAUUGUGAAUGCUGCUUGACAUAUUUCAUUC